AUGGCUGUGUCGGUGCGGGGCCUGUACUUCGUGGUGACCCUGUUUUUGGGUAGCUUCUUUGGAAGUAUCUAUAUGCUGGGUCCAGUUUUGCCGCUCAUGAUGCUGUCCCCUGCUUGGUACCGCUGGAUCACCGAUCGCAUCGUCGCUAUCUGGCUCACCCUGCCUGUGUCGUUACUGGAGCUGGUAUUUGGGGUGAAGGUGGUGAUAACAGGUGAUGGCUUCAUUCCGGGGGAGCGAAGUGUGAUCAUCAUGAACCACCGUACCCGUCUGGACUGGAUGUUCCUUUGGUGCUGUCUGCUCAGGUACAGCUACCUGCGUCUGGAGAAGAUCUGCCUCAAGGCUGCCCUGAAGGCUGUGCCUGGCUUUGGCUGGGCAAUGCAGGUGGCCUGCUUCGUCUUCAUCCAGCGUCGUUGGGAAGCGGACAAGAAGCACUUGGAGAACAUGCUCGACUACUUCUGUGACAUCAGAGAGCCCCUGCAGCUGCUCCUGUUCCCAGAGGGCACAGACCUCACCGAAAACACAAGAGCAAAGAGCGAUGCUUUUGCUGUCCAGAACAACCUGCCGAAAUUCGAGUACGUGCUGCAUCCCCGCAGCACUGGAUUCACCUUCAUUGUGGACAGACUACGAAAAGGAGACAACCUGGAUGCCGUCCAUGACAUUACAGUUGCAUACCCCAAGAACAUCCCGCAAACAGAGCGCCACCUCAUCCUGGGUCUCUUUCCCCGCGAGAUCCACUUCCACGUCCGCCGCUACCCAGUGGCUUCACUGCCAUCCCCCUCUGCUGAGCUGGAGUCUUGGUGUCGAGAGCGCUGGGCCGAGAAGGAGAGCCGUCUGCGUGACUUCUACUCAGCCCAGCCCCGCGGCUUUGAUAGGGAAGGUGUCGCACGCGUGCCGCCUUGUAAGACGGAGCUGCGAGUGACUCUGAUCAAAGCCGCCUCGCUGCUGUACUGGAGCAGCUUCAUAGCUCUGUGUUUCACCGGCCUGUGGCUGUGGGCUCCGUUCAGGCUCUACUGCCUGGUCAUGAUUGGAGUGUUCAUGGCCCAGCAGAAGCUUAUUGGAGGGCUGGAGCUGCUGGAGCUGUCCUGCCAUCGAUACUGGAAGUCCAUGGCUGCCGGCGGGGAUGAGAAAAGUAAAGUGCUGGAUGGGAAGAUGCAGUGAGGAUGGAAGACAGGGUUGACUGGACAAUGAUAUGCUUCUAUCAACGCUCAGCAAGGACACUGAGGACUCAGCUGUCUUGGCCUGUUCAGUCCAGAGGGCAAGAGGAUCCUUCUGAGGGACCCGAUGCUCCAUGCCUUAGAAAGGGAGUCAUGAGUUCACUUCCUGACGGUAUGCAUGGCUUCAGUGGAGAGAGCUUACCUUUCUGUUGAAGAAUCAAAACAGGAAUGUUAUUUACAUGUAUCCGUGUUGGAUUCAAGGAAUUCACCACACGUAGUGCGUCACUUGCCCUUUUUAUGUCUCCUUGUAUGAGCUUGCUGUCGGUGCAUUUUACCAGUUUAUGUUGGUGGUGUUUAUUGUAGCCGUUUGUUCAGAACCUCAGCGUGGACAUGUGUCAUGAAACAAUGCUGUUAGUAUUUGUUACACUGUUGCCAUGUCAUUGAAACUGGUUUUAUUGUAUGCUGUGUUACCCUUGGUAACAGUGUCAUAAACGAUGGAGCAGAGCCAUAGUACAGACCACCUGUACAUAUGAUGACUUGACUCUAACCAAUAUUCAAAUCAGCACUGUAGUCAGACUGAUGGGACUAUUUGAAUGAAUCAGUCUCCAUUUUUCGUUUCUAGAGAGGAAAUAAAAGGACAAUAUAAUUCCCAGAGAAUUACUAAGGAAUAUACAGGUAUAUAUGUGUACCAUUGUUUACCUUUUAUCGGGUAUAUUUACCUUUUUAUACCAAUGGGAAACGAACCUUUCCCAGUUAGUCCUUAGAGAUACCUUGUGUGAUGAUGUUGUCAUUGUAUAGGUCUCGAAACAUAAACUAUGUUAUUCCAUGUUUGCUCAAAUAACUUUUGCACAUAAAAGCCAAAGGUGAGAAAAGCAGACGUGAUUUUUAAAAAAGUAACCCGCCAGAAUGUCUUUGUUAGGAAAGGGUAGCUUCAAACACCGCCGGCCAAGGUUACCCACAGCUACGCUGAGGUAACACUCGUAAUCACCAACUCGUCAAGAUCAAAAGGUCUGACUCUUAUAUCUGUAGACGCAGAUGAGCUUUGUGCCCUUUCUGGGAAUGAAGGGAUGCCUGGUAGAGGCAGAACGUGGGUGGUGCUGGGGUGGAAGAAUGUCCUGUUGGGACAACAUUACCCCUCGAUGUGCAGGGUGGCAUAGAGGACCAGACUUGGAGUGGAAAACUGGCCAUGAACUCAACCUAAUCCAAAAAAGCCCUGUAAUGCCCACCUCUGCCUGUGUCCCUCUCUAGAGGACUGGCAUUGAUGCGCCUGCUAAACUCAAUUAGCAAAUGACAGCUGAGAAAGCUGCUCCAAUUGUGCCAAAAAAGGACAGAAAUUGAAACAAGAUUGGAGUAGCGCUUCAGCCACACUUUUAGCCACUGACUCUCCUUGCCACUCAUUACAAACCAUGUUAAUUCUGUGCGUCAGGAAACACUUGUCUUGGGACAGCGCUGUAACACUGUGCGAUGUGAGAUCUACAUGACCACUUCAACCCUGUUUUUUGGGAAAAUGUCUGCAGCAUCUUUUUUUGUUUAUGUGAAUCUGCAGCUCCUGUAGUUUAACUGUAAAAGGGGCUGUUCUCCAGUCACUGUGAUCUAGCUGGGUUAACAGUUUUAUCAUCAGCAUGUAGUAGUUUACCAGAUAUGGUACUAUAUUUGCUCCUCAAUCCUGAACCAGCCAAACUAUCCAUGUAUUCACCUGUGCUGUUUUUUUUUUUUGUUGUUAUUGUUGCUCAUUUUACAAUCACCUGCUGAUGCUGGACCUCUUUCAAAGUCACUGUCCUCAGGUAAACAAGAGCCAGUCUCUUACAGGAGGAAAUAUAUAUCUAAAUAAAUAUACUAUAUCAACUCA